CCCAAAACAAAAAAAGAGACGUGUCGCGGAAGCCCGUGAGCACAGCUCUGCAAAUUAUCACUCGGUGCAUCGGUUCUUAGCCGCUCUUGCACGGAGCUGCCACCUGCGCCCAAAAAGCAUUCACAGAGCAAGCUCUCUCCAGCUCAGCCUGCAGCCAUGGCCGAAAUGGCCGCGCGGGACCGCAAGCACCAGGAGCUCGGCGACGCGUUGGUAGAGAGACGGCGCCACGAAGUGACCAUCGUCGGCGCCGGCCUCGUCGGCUCUUUAUUGGCCGUAGUUUUACGCAGUCGAGGGUAUCGCGUCACGGUCUACGAGGGUCGACGAGAUCCACGAGAAGGCACGCAAGAAAACAGCGCCGGGCGGAGCAUCAACCUCGUCGCGACGGCCCGUGGCCUCAAGGCACUGUCUACGCUACCCCCGGACGUGGCCACGCGCCUCAAAGCUUUAGGUACAAAAGUAUAUGGCCGCGUCAUCCAUACUAGUGAAGGCGAAAUCUUAGCGCAGAAGUACGGCAAGAACGACAACGAGUACAACAUAUCGCUCUCCAGAAGUAAGUUAAAUGAUUUCCUGCUCGGCGAGGCGGAAAGAGCCGGCGCUUCGAUCAAGUUCGGCCACCGCUUGGUCAAUGUGAAGCUCCCCGCCGAUUCUGAGUCUCCAACUCAACUGGAGUUCACGAUGGGCGGCGGCGGCACGUGUUUGACGGCGUGUUUCGGGCCCGUCAUUGGGUCCGACGGCGCUGGUUCAGCAUUGCGACGAGCCGUACCGGCCUUCGAAGCUUCUUCGGACAUAUUGGCGGCGGGCUACAAGGAAGUUUUGUUGCCGGCCCAUUGUUCCCAGACCUUGGAUCAGUUCGGUUUACACAUUUGGCCGCGCGGCGACCAUUUCCUGAUGGGUCUGGCCAAUAAAGAUGGCUCGUUUACCGGUACCUUAUAUUUAGCGAACGAGGGUGACCUGAGCUUCUCAUCUUUAAAUAGCGAGGAGAAAUGGCGCCAGUUCCUGAACGAGCACUACGCCGACGCGUUACCAUACAUGGACGGCGUCGACAAAGCGGCAGAACAACUAUACAACAACCCCCUGGGCAUGCUCGGCACGGUGAAAGUAGCACCCUGGCGCGUCGGCAAUCGAAUAGCAGUAAUAGGAGACGCGGCGCACGCGGUCGUGCCGUUCUUCGGGCAAGGCAUGAAUUGUGGUUUUGAAGAUGUCGACUGUUUGGCGCAGGAAUUAUCUACAAGAUGGCCACCUAAGGAUGGAACUCCCCAAAAACUGGAGCAAGCGCUGGAGUCGUACUCACUAAGACGAAAACCAAAUGCAGAUGCCAUCGCACAAAUGGCUUUGGAAAACUACGUGGAGAUGAUGCGGUCGACGGGCGACCCCGUGUUUCGUUCUAGGAAAGCCAUCGAGGCGGCGUUGGAGCGGGAUGGGGAGCUAGGAGCUUCAUUUCGGUCGCGCUAUGCCAUGGUUUGUUAUGGGGGCGGCCGGCAAAAAGGCGCCGUGGGCUACGCGCACGCUUUGCGACUAGGCGAGGCGCAGUGGGGCGUCGUCUGUGAUUUGGCCGAGGGCUUUUCGGGGAGCGAUUCCCAGGAGGCGGACGCGUUCUUAGAUCGCAAGCGAGCAGCUCAACUGCUGGAGGAGCGCGUGUGGCCGUUACAAAAGCAGCUCGGCGUGGACCUCGCGACCGUGGGGAUCGGCUCAGCUUCCUAAAUUCAUA